CAACAACGCAUCAAUAACGUCUAGUACGCUCGCUUUCGACUUAUACACUUCGUCAGAUCCAACUCGGCCGCUUAUCCGUUCUCUGGGCUUUGUUUUCUGUCACUCCGUCUAGUUCGUCAAGAUGGGUAAGGUUCACGGAUCCCUCGCUCGUGCCGGAAAGGUCAAGUCGCAAACUCCCAAGGUGGAGAAGCAAGAGAAGCCCAAGCGACCUAAGGGUCGAGCGAAGAAGAGGGUUCAGUACGUCAGGCGAUUCGUCAACGUCACCACCGCCCCCGGUGGAAAGAGGAAGAUGAACCAGCAGCCCGCCGGAAAGUCUGGUUAAACGUCAACACGGAUCGUGCGAGACGGAAAUUGGGCAUUUUUGGGGUGGAUGGAUUGGAUUUGGGUCUUUGUAUUUGCUACGGAUAUACAUUGCCCGUCUACUUCAAA